CGGUAAAUUUGAGCCUCAGCAUUUCGAACCCGAGUUUGAUUCGCGUAGUGACAAGUGAACAAAGAGACAAUGGACAAGUAAAAGUAAGCGUGAAAAUUUAGUAUGGCGGCGAUCAGCGUGCGCAAUACACGCCUGCAAUCUCGAGUUAGUUAAUUAUUUCAUCAUAAUUAAUUUGAUCUGCGAGUGAACUAAAAAACGUGUUGCAGAAAGUGGAUUGUACGCGACUUGAUUUUAAUUACUCAAACUAACAGCCUCUAAAUCAAAGCCUGCUCAUAAAAUAAGUAACUAAAAUAAAAAAACCAACAACCGUGGUGACCACGGAGUGAAUUAAAUUACCCCAUAGCGAGAUAGCCAUCAGCCAAACGGUGCCUGAACCAGAUCCAGUAAUAUGCAACAAGAUAACGGGAAAUAUUGCUAGUAAAGGUGAUAAAGAUGCUUCUGAUGACGAUUGUAGUAAAAAUAUUAUUAAUGAAAAAAACGUGUCUAAGGUAACGAAUACUAAAUAUCAUGCAGCUUCAAUAACGAAUACUUUGAUAAAAACAGCAAAGUCUUUGACAUCCACUGAAGAUACCAGUAAUCCAGUCCCAUCAUCAUCAUCGUCUUCAUCAUCGUCAUCAGCAACAGCAGCAAUGACCACCAUCAAAUCCACCACCACACCUGGCACCAAGUCCUUUGGUUCUGUUAUGAAUAGUUUUCACUACCAGCAUUUUGUCGCUGGUAUUUCGGGAGGUGUCGUUUCUACCCUCAUGUUACAUCCACUUGAUCUUAUUAAAAUAAGAUUCGCUGUUAACGAUGGACUGACGAAAACAGCACCGCAGUAUAGUGGACUGAGAAAUGCGUUGACUGAAAUUGUUAAAUCUGAUGGAGUGCGUGGACUGUACAGAGGAGUUACUCCAAAUGUUUUAGGCUCUGGUAGCUCCUGGGGUUUAUAUUUUUUUUUUUAUAACAAUAUAAAGACAUGGCUCCAACGGGGGAAUUCAAAAAAACCAUUAGGACCAUCGCUGCAAAUGUUGGCAGCAGCAGAAGCUGGUAUAUUGACUUUAUUAAUAACGAACCCCAUAUGGGUGGUGAAAACACGACUGUGUCUACAGUACAGCACUGAUGUCCAACUCGCCGAGUCGAAGCGUUACUCAGGAAUGAUGGAUGCUCUUAGAAAAAUUUACAGGACUGAAGGAAUGAGAGGCUUAUACAAAGGCUUCGUUCCCGGUGUAUUCGGAGUAUCUCACGGCGCUAUUCAAUUUAUGACUUACGAAGAAAUGAAAAAUAAAUAUAAUAUCUAUCGUAACAUGCCAAUUGACAGUAAAUUAGGUAAUAUGGAGUAUAUAGUAUUCGCAGCGAUAUCAAAAUUUAUAGCUGCAGCGACAACGUACCCUUAUCAAGUUGUCCGAGCUCGUUUGCAAGAUCAUCAUCAUGAUUAUCGCGGCACAUGGGACUGUGUCCAACAAACUUGGAGGCGCGAAGGCUGGCGAGGAUUUUACAAGGGUUUGGGUGUCAACUUAACAAGAGUUACUCCUGCGACAAUCAUCACCUUCCUUGUGUACGAGAAUGUCUCUCACUUUCUUCUGAAAAAAUAAAAUCAAUGGAUUCCAAGGACUUAAUAAAUCAUUUUUUUUUUUUUUUUUUUUUUUUUUAAUUAUUAUUCACUAUCGAGGCUAUCAAAGUCUGAUUUAUAUUUAAGGAAGCAUUUCUACGAAUAAUUUUUUUUUCACUUAAAAAUUCAAAUGCAUUUCGUCGAUAAAUUUUUGUUUAAAUGUCACAAUAUUAUGUAAAGUUUCCACGGAGGUUUAAACAAAUUUAUUAAUAAAUUAAAUUAAUUAAUUAAAAAUGUUUUGAUUCAAUGACACUGUGCUGGCAUGAUGUCUGAAGGAAAUCGCCUCAUUUGAUUAAUUAAUUAGCAUAUGUCUAAGUAUUAAAUCAAAUAUUGGUAUUAUUUAUCAAUAUUAGAUAAGUAAUUAUAAUUAAUAAGGAAAAUGUUUACUGGUGAAUGUAAUUCAAAAAAUUGUAGCAAUAAAUUUUGAAAAUAUUCAAUC